AUGGAUCCACGACGUAAAGGUGAUGCAAUACGAUCAUUACUCGAACAGAAGUUGAUCUAUUGGCAAUCUAAUGAUCAAUUUGAUAUGUCUGACAGUAAUUUAAGCUAUACUGAAUUUGAUCAGAUGGUUACGCUAGAUGGUCUUCGCUUAGAAAAUCUUUGGUUAAAUAAUGUUAAAUUUAUUAAUUUGCAUUUACGCAAUUGUAUAUUUAAAAACUCAAUUUUAACAGGAUCAAAUUUUACGAAUUCAAUCAUUACUGAGAUAGAUUUUAGAAAUACAGAAUUAGAUCACAUCGAUUUUACUCAUACAACAAUCACACACACAGAUUUUACAUCGGCUAAUUUAAAUCGCUCUAAUAUUCGAGUGGAUGAUGAAGCAGGAAAUAUUUUUCAUUUUCUUAUUCUUCCAAAUGGAACAUACAAACUGAAUAAUAAAAAACAAAUUAUUAAGAAUGAUGGUGAAUCCGAGAUUCAUGGAUGGCUAAUAAAACAUGGAGAAAUUGUGAGUAUUAAUUAUCAUGCAGAAAAUAGCAAGUUAAAAAUAAACGAUACAGCAAAAUAUGGUGAUAAUUAUUUUUCGCAAAAAAUUAGCAAUGAUGAAGAUGAUGGAGCUGUAAUUGUGCAAUAUAUGCAGCUUGAUAAGUAUUAUCGUUUGAUUAAGAAUGAACAAGCUGAAUAUCAUCUAUCUGCAUGGCUUGGUGGUGUAACUUAUAGAGAAAAUUAUGCUAGUAUUAAAUGGAGUUUUGAGCCGUUUAUGCUACCAGAGGAUCAUGGGAUGUUAGGUACUUCUUGUUUUACUAGACAAAUCAUUGAGUUUAGAAAAGUCGCUCAACUAUAUCGUGCUCGUAGCACAUGUUCACAACCACUGAAAACUUAA